AUGAACUUUAGCGUGUUGCAGUGGCUGCGGGAAGCGGAGACGGAGCCGAGUGAAGCCUGGAGGUCUGCAGGAGCCAGCAGCGGCCUGGCCGUCGUGGACCCGCUGGGAACAUACGUCGCACUCGUCACAGCGGUGUCGCAGAGUGGCGCUAGUGGCACGAGCAGUGCGGGCGCGGAGGCGGCGGGUGCGGGGGCUGCGGGGGGCGCGGCGGGCUGGCGGAGAGAUGCGCCACGCGCGCGGCUCGAUGUGGCGCCCGCGCUAAUCGUGCAGCAGCAAGUGUGCGGCACGCGGUACGUGGUGGGCGCGGGGUCGUGGAGCGCGCUGGUGCAGUGCACGGCGCAGUGGGCGGGCGGUGCCGCGCCGGCGUCCGGCGUGCGCGCGCCGCGCCUGCCCGCGCUGCGCGGCGCCGCGCCCGUCAACCUGGUGCGCGAGCAGGCCGACGCGCUGCUGUCGCACGCCGACGCGCGCGCCGGCCCCGACGGGCUCGCCGCGCGCUUCUAG